ACUGUAAUCCAAUCGCAAAUUGCGAACAUUCGCUCGCAAAACAACCUCGCCUUUCAGAUCAUUCACAGACUUUGCUUGUUCAGCGGUGGUACAUCUCGCAAAACCAUUGACUUACUCGCACAUUGCGGUCUUUCGCCUGGGUAUGAUGCAUUGCACAUUUCUCAUACUAUUAUGGCCGAUGGUCAGAUACGAAGGGCACAGCUCGUUGCGAGAGGACCGCAUAUGAUAGGCUGGGACAACAUUCAAGUUUCGACAUCUACUCAUGUUGAACAGCGUGCUUUAGCCCCCCCGAAAGUCCAGUCAGGCACCACGACAAUCAUAUACCCACUGCGUAACACAACCUUAGAAUGA